AUGAGGCCCGGACCCGAGUUCGUCACCAUGAGCCGCCGCGCGGGAGCGCCGACGGCGGCGCCGGGCCAUGGGCUGAUCAACGGGACGGCGGCGCCGCACUCGACGUGGCAGUCGCCGGUGCCGUACCUCUUCGGCGGGCUGGCGGCGAUGCUGGGGCUUAUCGCCUUGGCGCUGCUCAUCCUCGUCUGCUCCUACUGGAAGCUCUCCGGGUACCUCGACGGCGACCGGGAUGGCCAGGCAGCGGGGGACGCCGACGGGGAGAAGGGCUCGGUGUUGGGCGCUGCCAGGCCGGCCAUGGAUUUCCUGGAGCACGUGGUGGUCAUCAUGGCCGGCGACGAGCAACCAACGUUCCUUGCCAAGCCGGUCACCAGCCGGGCUGCCGAGAUGGAGCUUGCGGCCGCAGCGGCUCCUGAGGCGAGCGCGCGCGCUGGCGACGACGACGGGCAGGUGAGGAAGGUGGACGAGCAGGGCUGCGAGGUGUGUUCGCAUCUCGGCGCCGACUCGGCGACCCCGAGCCGUGAUCACCACGACGCGGCGAGCCGGAGCCACAACCACCACCAUGACCAUGACCAUGAGAGCAGCAGCACGACGGCACUGCAAGAAAGCUCGCAAUAA